UCAAUCGAACUGUGGGCACCAUGCUGACGUUCCUGAUUCUCGUGCUUACCGCUGUACUUUUGCUGUAUGUCAAGCUGCGCUGGCACUACGCCUACUGGAAGCGCAGGGGCGUGGCUGGCGAGACACCCGUGUUUUUCCGCGGAAAUAUGAGUGGACUGGGCAAGGAACUCCACUGGACGGAUAUCAACCUGCGGAUCUAUGGGAAAUUCCGGGGGAAGGAGCGCUACUGCGGCUACUUUACCUUCCUCAGCAAGGCCCUGUUCGUCAUGGACUUGGAGCUGAUCAGAAGGAUAAUGAUCAGUGACUUUGGCAGCUUUGCCGAUCGCGGACUCUUCCACAAUGUAAAAGACGAUCCGCUGACGGGGAAUCUCCUGUUCCUGGACGGACCCGAGUGGCGCUGGUUGCGCCACAAUCUGACGCAGGUGUUCACCUCGGGCAAGAUGAAGUUCAUGUUCCCCACCAUGGUGGAGGUGGGCGAGAAGCUGACGCAGGCCUGUCACCUGCAGGUCGGCGAGAUCGAGGCCAAGGACCUGUGUGCCCGCUUCAGCACGGAUGUGAUCGGGAGCUGCGCCUUCGGGCUGGAGUGCAACAGCCUCCAGGAUCCGGAGUCGGAGUUCCGCCGCAUGGGUCGCUCGGUGACCACGAAUCCCCUCCACUCCACGCUUGUACAGGGACUAAUGUUCGCCCAGCCGGAUCUGGCCAGGAAGCUGCGCUUCAAACUGUUUCGUCCGGAGGUCAGUGAGUUCUUCCUGGACACCGUUCGCCAGACAUUGGACUACAGACGGCGGGAGAACAUCCAACGCAAUGACCUGAUCCAAUUGCUCAUGGAACUCGGCGAAGAGGGGGCCAAGGAUGCAUUGUCCUUCGAGCAGAUUGCAGCUCAGGCAAUGGUCUUUUUCCUAGCCGGGUUUGAUACCUCAUCCACCACCAUGUCCUUCUGUCUGUUUGAACUGGCCUUAAACCAGGAUAUUCAGGAUAAACUACGAGUUGAGAUGCUGGAAGUUUUGGGACGCAAUAAUCAAAAACUCACAUACGAGUCCGUUCAGGAAAUGCCCUAUUUGGAUCAAGUGGUUGCCGAGACCCUACGGAAGUAUCCCAUACUGCCCCAUUUAUUGAGACGUUCCACUAAGGAAUACUUAAUACCGGAUAGUGACUUAGUUCUAGAGUCGGGAACUAAGAUAAUAAUACCUGUGCACAGUAUUCACCACGACCCCGAGCUAUAUCCAGAUCCAAAAAAGUUCGAUCCCAGUCGCUUUGAACCGGAAGAGGUCAAGGCCCGACCUCCCUUUGCUUAUUUGCCCUUCGGCGAUGGCCCACGCAAUUGUAUAGGCGACCGUUUCGGAAAAUUACAAGUAAAGGUGGCUCUUGUCUACCUUCUAAAGGACUUUAAGUUCAGCAGAUCGAAGAAAACACAGGUCCCGCUGAAGUUUUCGAGUCGUACAUUCCUGAUAUCCACACAGGAGGGAGUUAAUUUGCAAAUGGAUAGACUUGCCUCACCCUAAAAAUGGUCAUUAAAAGACAUGCAUUAGUCAUAAAAUAAAAAAAAUGUAAGAAAUUGUAAUCUACCAAUUAUUGCGGUUCUAGAUUGCAUUAAUUCCUAUAAUAUACAUAAUAAUGAACACAACGACAUGGUCUUUCAGGAAAAGCUUAUAAUGCACUCUCAUUGAGAAUGCCUCUCUCAAAAGCUUUAUAAUCAAAACAAAAACGAUUGCACCGGUACACAAAAAAAAACCAUGAAUGAAAGAAAUAUAAUCUUUAAGAAUUUUACCAGUAGAAACAACUUUCCAUCACUUCACAGUUUAGAUAAACUCAGCGAAAGUACUUUUUAAUGGUUAGUUAGAACUAAUACUCUCUUAGUCAACAAAGAAUUACAAGCAUUUAUGGGUCCCUUAUAAAUGGCUUCUUUAGUUAAAUCAAAAAAGAUCGCUAUGGUCAACACAGCGCAAGAAUCUCUUAAAUCUGUAUGCUUAAUCCCAACUUUGUAGCUUCUAUAGUUUCCAAGAUCUCAGCAUUAAUACGGGCGGUUUUAAGCAGUUUGUGGGCGAUAUAGUGGACUUGCCAACUUUUAAAUAUCUUAAAAGUCGUAAAUUUGGUAAUUUGACCGAACUUCUCAAAACUGUGACGUUAUGGAAUGUUUUAAGGCUUGGAGUAGUAAGUUACUACUAGUAACAUACAGUCAACAUUUUUGGUUUUGUAGCGUUAGUUGGGCCAAAAUAAGUUUGGUUUAUGUCGACCUGCGUAAAAAGUAGACCAAUAACAAUAGUAAUAAUUGAAAUUCUAAGUGAAUAUGCUACACAAAGAUUACUUAUUUUUAUGGUUUGCCAUUUAAUAAAAAUAUAAUAAUGGAACUAAAGUGAA